UAGUCAUCACCGGUUUAAUGUCGCCAAUUGCUUCUACUUUUGUAACUUUGUAGCCAUGAAACACAAAUAAGAUUUUCUUUAUUUAGAUUUUUGUCCCUUAUGUGUUCUGAAUAUCUUUAUCUUUUUAAAUGGAUUUAUAGAUUGAGUAUAAGCUCCAGAUCAAACUCAAUAGCUGACUUAUUCAAAUCUCUGUCAGGAUUUCCAUAAUUGUAAUAUAUACUACAGACUGAUACACUAGUGGUUAUAGUUUUUAGAGAGAAGAUCUUUGCAAUUUCAGCAGGGUGUCAUGUUCAGUCAUGACUGAAAGUUAAUAUCUGAUAAAACUGUAAAGGUGUUUCAGAAUUGGGUAAAGGAAUAAAGUAAAAUGACAAACUGCCAACAGCAGAUCGUCCCUAAACUGCAUUGUCUGUUAAUAAGGCACAUAUUACCACGUUUUUCCUAUGUAUAUCUGUAACUAGAUGUCCUCAUGCAUAUAAUUGAACUUGGAGCAAGUUGACCUGCAAGACAAAGGACCGGUCAAGACAGCCGCUGGUCUGGUCUGAUAGAGGUUAGAGACAAAUUGUGGAGAUGUCUGUUCUGCAAGAGAUCAGUUCAAAUGUGAGGAACAUGAAGCAGUUAGAGUAUGCAGUCCUGGCCAGACGAGUAAACCAGAUCAAGGAAGAGGUCAAGCAGGGAGUGAGAAAGCCCUAUAAAGAAAUUAUAGAUGUCUCCUGGGGUGACCCACACAGGGCAGGCUUGAAACCUCUGUCAUUUGUCCGACAGGUUCUUACAGCAUGUAUUUACCCUCAGCUUAUCAGCAGCAACAAACUGCCUGCGGACGUCAGACAGAGAGCUCAGAGGCUGCUGGGGGAAUGUGCUGGAGGGAGUGUAGGUUCCUAUACAGCUACAGCGGGUAUACCAGAACUAGUCCACAGAGUCUCUGACUUCAUAAUGAGACGAGAUGGUGGGGCCACGUCUCACCCUGAAAACAUAUACAUCAGCCCAGGCGCACAAUGCGCGCUCACGAAUAUUCUCAACGUGCUGGUGAACAGAGAGGCUUCAACCAGAACAGGUGUUUUAACUCCAGGGCCAUGCUACAGCAUUGCCAAUCUGUCCAUAAUGGAACUGGGAGCGGUCAUCGUCCCCUACUACCUGAAUGAGGAGCAGGGCUGGGAGCUGCAGGUAGAGGAGCUACAACGAGCGCUGGAAUCUGCAAAGGGAGUCUGUAACCCUGUUGCUCUGUAUGUCAUCAACCCUGGGAAUCCAUCAGGUCAUGUUCAAAGCAGAAAAUCGAUGCAAGAGGUGAUCCGGUUUGUUUCAGAGAAGAGGCUCUUCCUUCUGGCUGAUGAGGUUUAUCAGGACUGCAUCUACGGGGAAAAGAGUGAGUUUGUCUCCUACAAGAGGGCGCUGAUGGAGAUGGGGCCUCCUCUUUCAGACACAGUGGAGCUGGCGUCCUUCCACUCAGCGUCCAAGGGCUUAAUGGGAGAGUGUGGUCUGCGUGGUGGAUAUGUGGAGCUGGUAAAUCUGGACCGCGCUGUCAUGAAAUACAUCCACAAUCUUUUCUCGAAAGACAGCUGUGCCCCCGUGUUGGGUCAGCUUGCCCUGGAUCUGAUGUUGAACCCUCCACAACCAGGAGAUCCCUCAUACCCUCUGUAUAAUGCGGAGACGCAACACAUCAGGAACACGAUGGCUCGUAAUGUGAAGAGAGCCUGUGAGGUUGUGAACAGUCUCCUGGGUUUCUACUGCCAACCAGUGGAGGGAGGAGCAUUUGCGUUCCCCAGAGUGUAUCUUCCACCUAAAGCCAUUCAGAAAGCCAAGGAAGUGGGAAUGAAGCCAGAUACAUACUACUGUAUGAGACUGCUAGAGGAGACUGGUCUGUUAGUCAGUCCUGGUUCUGAGUACGGGCAAAAGGAGGGCACCUACCACAUCAGAUUUUGCAUUAUUACAUCUGAAGACAUCAUGGAGGAAUUACUGAAACGCCUGAGCAGCUUUCACACACAAUUUAUGAAGGAUUUUUCUUAGAUAAAGUGACUUAAGCAGUUCAUUGAGGAGAUAUUUAGUACAAUAAAUAUGACAUUUACAGCA